AAGAAGAAGAUUUCCGAAACGCCACAGUCUCCGAAGGGCUCGGCCUGAAUUUCAUGAAAGACGUGGCUCUUUUCUCAAUGCAGCUGAUAUCGUCAGGGUCCUAUUAGAAUUAGCACGACCUCAUAAAUCCACCAAAGUGAAUCUGACCACCGGUUUACAAGCCUUGUGAAUGCAGACGCUAGCUGGAUGCUAGCUAGUCCUUCAGCGACAGCUUCAGCUGAGAGUGGUAUCGAUAACUAGUGCUAGCUAACUUAGCUCUCUGUCGUAGGCUAGCCUGGAUAGUUAGCUUAGCAUAUUUGGCUAGAUUUCUGCAGGCGAGGCAGCCUUACGAGAAGUACGUAGUUAAAAAAAUAUCUGAACCCUUACAUUAGUUUCAUGUGAUCUGCUGAAUGACAGGAUAAACCCGGUGAAACCGACGUGACAAUACAACGCCCGUGAAGUCCAUGGAGUGCCCUCAUUUGAACUCCAAUGUGUGCGUUGUAGUGGACCCUUCAAAGUUCCCAAAUGGUUCACCCUCGUCGUGGUGUUGUGGCGAUUGCCGGUCAAAUAAGAGCCCAUGGGUGUGUCUGACCUGUUUAAAUGUUCACUGUGGAAGGUAUGUGAAUGGCCAUGCUAAGAAGCACUAUGAGGAGACUCAGGGUCCUGCUGCCAGCCAAAAGAAGUGUGACAAGCCGGACAGGGAGAAGACUCAGCACUGUGUGUGUAUGGACUGCUGCAGCUACAGCACUUUCUGUUAUCGCUGUGAUGAGUUUGUGGUGAACGACACCAAGCUGGGACAUCUGCAGAAGGUGAGAGAGCAUCUUCAGAGUCUGGAGAACGUGACCCUGAGUGACAGGAAAAGGAAACUUCUAGAAAACUCCCCUCUCGACAGCAAGCUGUUCAAAGAUGAGAGUGGUAUUCCAUCCCUGGGUGCCACUGGCCUUCGUAACCUAGGGAACACCUGCUUCAUGAAUGCCAUCCUCCAGUCUCUCAGUAACAUUGAGCAGUUCAGCUGCUAUUUCAAGGAGCUGCCUGCGGUGGCGCUGCGGAGCGGAAAGACUGCGGGACGGAGGAUGUACCACACGCGCAGCCAGGGGGACAGCAGUGUCUCACUGGUGGAGGAGUUCAGGAAGACGCUGUGUUCCCUGUGGCAGGGCAGUCAGACGGCCUUCAGUCCAGAUGCUCUGUUCUACGUCAUCUGGAAGAUCAUGCCAAGCUUCAGGGGCUACCAGCAGCAGGAUGCUCAUGAGUUCAUGCGGUACCUGCUGGAUCACCUUCACAGAGAGCUUCAGGGCAGCCGCAAUGGGGCUCACCGCUCACCUGUGUCUGCAGACACUAUCAAGGCAGAGGACAAGUGCUGGGUAAAUGGGACCUCCACAGUGGUCACCUCCAUAUUUGGUGGCAUACUGCAGAGUGAAGUCAACUGCCUGAUCUGUGGGACCGAGUCCCGGAAGCUUGACCCGUUCCUAGACAUGUCCUUGGACAUUCCAAGACAAUUCCGCAUUAAGAGGUCCAAAGACCAGGAACCUGGGCCUACUUGCACGCUACGAGACUGCCUGCGUAGUUUUACAGAGCUGGAGGAGUUGGAUGAGACAGAGCUGUACAUGUGUCAUAAAUGUAAAAAGAGGCAGAAAUCCACCAAGAAAUUCUGGGUCCAGAAGCUGCCUAAGGUGCUGUGUUUGCACCUGAAGCGGUUCCACUGGACGGCCUACCUCAGGAAUAAAGUUGACACCUACGUGGAGUUUCCCAUGCGAGGCCUGGACAUGAGGGGCUAUCUGCUAGAUCCGGACAGUGCAUUGCGACAGAACUGCCUAUAUGACUUGGCCGCUGUUGUGGUGCAUCAUGGUUCUGGGGUUGGCUCAGGCCACUACACAGCCUAUGGCAGUCACGAGGGCCGCUGGUACCACUUCAACGACAGCACGGUCACUCUGACGGACGAGGCUGCCGUGCGGAAGGCCAAAGCCUACAUCCUGUUCUACGUGGCACAGACUGAGAUGGGCACGGGCACUGAAAUGGGCGCUGCCCAGGCCACUGGACAGACUGGCACGGGGUCAGAAACGGGCAUAGGGUUAGAGGCUGCAGUGGACACAGGCUCUGACUCAGGCCUUGGGGGAAGUAGUGGACCAGAGGAGAGUUCAGGGAGUGACCCCACACUUCAGGUUUCUGUUGGGCGUCCUUCCGAUUGACCUCGGACGACCUUCAGCUGCCACCCGUGUCACCUCACAUACUCACAGACACACCUUUCUGUUGUAGGCAUCACUCUUAUUCACACACACAACUUUUGUUCAAGACCUCCUAAUCAUGUGAAAGAAAAACUCUGUUAUGUUUUGUUUUUUAUUUUGUUUUUGUUUCGUUUUUGUCUUAACCUCCACAUUGCUGCUUUUAAAAGUACUCUUUUUUUGUCCUUGACAAGGAAAAGAAUCAGAGGAGAAACAGCCUGUUUUAUGCCUCUUGUGCUUCCUGGUGUUGCAAACCUCCACCGCGAGGCUCGAGUUUCGUUUUCAAAAUUCCAAAGGCAUUCAGAUUCCAGAUUCCGAUUGUGUGUCAUGAAGUGUUUUAGCCCGUUCUGACAGUUUGUUUGUUUUAUUUUAAAAGACCUUCAAGCACCACAACAGGUAGAUGAAGUCUGUGUCCUCAGAUGUUAGAUGUGUAAACAGGCAGACCAAUAAAAAAAAAAUCUGAAAUAAAUUUGCUAGGGCACCUGCUGCUGUUUUUGUCAGCAGAAGUUGUCAUAUUUAGCUAGUUAAGAGAUUUCUUUCUUCUUUUUUGUAGAUCUUGAAUUGCUUACUGUUGAUUUGUUGUUGUUUUUAUAUGAUAACCUCAGCCUUUCCAGCACGGCUGGGUAGAUGUGAUCAUCCAACCACCAGGAGUCUUAUCUGCUCGUCCCUGCACUUACUGGUGAAUUAAAGAGAUGAAGACAGA